AUGUCUGGGAACAUGUGGUUUUCUCAACAGGCAGAGACCUCCUCCUCCUCCUCCUCAUGCAAGGGGGGAGCACUCACCUUAAAUUUAUGGACACCACAGUUCUGGAGGGGGCACUCCUUUCUGGGCCAGCCCAGCCCUCCAGAGGCAUCCUCUUGUCGUCACAAUGUGGAGGAGGGCUACAUAGGGCUCUUUUUCUCCCCACCCAACCCUCACCUGCCUUUCUGCACAGACCCUCACUCUCUUUGCUAUGACAUCACCAUCAUUCCUAAGUUCAGACCUGGACCACGGUGGUGUGCGGUUCAAGGCCAGGUGGAUAAAAAGACUUUUCUUCACUAUGACUGUGGCAACAAGACAGUCACACCCGUCAGUACCCUGGGGAAGAAACUAAAUGUCACAAAAGCCUGGAAAGCACAGAACCCAGUACUGAGAGAGGUAGUGGACAUGCUCACAGAGCAACUGCUUGACAUUGAGCUGGAGAAUUACACACCCAGGGAACCUCUCACCCUGCAGACCAGGAUGUCUUGUGAGCAGAAAGCCGAAGGACACAGCAGUGGAUCUUGGCAGUUCAGUUUCGAUGGACAGGUCUUCCUCCUCUUUGACUCAGAGAACAGAAUGUGGACAACGGUUCAUCCUGGAGCCAGAAAGAUUAAAGAAAAGUGGCAGAAUGACAAGGAUGUGACCAUGUCCUUCCGUUACAUCUCAAUGGGAGACUGCACAAGAUGGCUUGGGGACUUCUUGGCAGGCAUGGGCAGAACCCUGGAGCCAAGUGCAGGAGCACCACCCACUGUGUCCUCAGGCACAACCCAACCCAGCGCCAUGGCCACCACCCUCAUUCUUUGCUGCCUCCUCAUCAUGUGCCUCCUCGUGUGUCCCAGGCACAGCCCAACCCACAGCCAUGGCCACCACCCUCAGUCCCUGGAGCCUCCUCCUCAUCUUCCCCUGCUUCAUCCUCCCUGGCUGCUGAGGAGAGUCCUUUAGAAUCCUGAGCUGGCUGAUGGCCAUGCCUGGAGCAGAGUGGACUCAGACAAGGGGGAGCUGAGCUGCUGCUGGAGUUCCAUGGGCACCGCUGGGCUGGACCAGGAAUGGAUAAGGUGGAACAGGGACUGUCACCUUCAUAGCUAUGGGUGCUUCUCCCAGUUUGAGGAGAGGCUGAACGGUAGAGAGGGCUUUGAGUGCAGGAGCAGGCCUAUCACUGCCAGCUUCAGUCCUGCAGGACCCUCCACUCCAUCCCCUAGUCAGGUGCAGGGCCUGGGCUGCCUCUGUGAUGUGACAAAGGAGGAAGGAGGUUGGUCCAACCUGCAGGCACCAGGCCCAGAGGAGAAACCAGGAGUCCUGGACCGCGAGCAGCGGGGUCAAGGAGGCAACAACGGGAAGCCCCGCUCGUCUCGGGGGCCCUCUCGCAGCAGCCCCAAGGCAAGGGGGAUGGGGAGUACUUUUGGGGGCUACACUGUUGGAGCCCCACUAAUCCGAGCGGGAAGGAUCCUUCCAUCACGGGAACCGCCUGUCCCUUGCCGCGACAGCCGAGUCCUCCCAGGAAAAAUCAAUGUAGCUGAAAAGCCAUGGUUGCAGGAACUGGUCAUCACCUGCCAAGAUUCUACACAGUCCUACACAUCCUCCCAGCUAAGGAUGCCGGAGGAACAGGAUGUGGAAUGCAGUCGCGUUUCAGAGAGGAACCUAAAGUCAAACUGGAUCAGGUGUCUUGUCUUGAUCUCUGCCUCUUCACCCAACCCCCACCUGGUCAGGCAGUGA